AUGUAAUCAUACUUCAGCUACAACCCAGGCGUCAGAGACAUCGAUUAAAUUCUCCCAAACUUAUACAUGUCAAAUGUGUAUGCUGCAGAAAAUUAGCAAAUCCUUUAAGAACUAAAGAUCACUCACAUUGUGACUGUUUCUGCUGGAAUAAAACCGAAAUACCCUAGCUUUUACAAUUACAAAGUCAUUUUAGUAGAUGACAAUCCAAAGUUUGACGUUAAACAGUAUUUUUGGGAUGCUAUUUAGUUUGUAGAGGAUGCAGUUUAGAAUAAUGGAGUAGUACUCAUUCACUGCGCAGCAGGGAUGUCGAGAUCUGCAGCUAUUACUAUUGCUUACCUCAUGUGGAAGAACAAGUGGACAUUCAAAGAGGCUUACGACUUCGGCAGAAGUAAAAGAAACAAGAUGUUCCCAAAUUUAGGAUUUCAAAGUCAACUUAGAAUGUUUGAGUCAGAGAUUUUCUGUGAUAUUCCAGAUAGCUCAGAAAAGGAGGAAUAAUUAAAAUAUGAUAAAGUUCUCAAGAAAAUUGAAGAGUAGAAGACAUUCUGA